UACAGAUGAGUAAUGGAUGAAUCGCGGUGUCAAUAAAGAAUAAAGAAGAAUCAACUGAACCUCUCAUGGCUCCCUCAGAUCCGUUCAUUGCAGCCCAGGCCGUCGUCGAUUUUAUGCUGGACAAUUUUGACCACGAAAAUGCCUGCUUCUUAGCUGAAAGAGUUCACGCUGAAGUGUGCACUGAGGAAAGUUUGAGACUCUUAGCAUCCUGUUUCUACCGCAAUGGGGAGUUUUUCAAGGCUUACCACCUUCUGAAGAACAAUGACCAGCACAGAAACCCCUCGCUAAAAUUCUUACUCGCUCAAUGCUGCUACCAGAUGCAAAAGUACACGGAAGCUGAGAGUAUUCUGACGUGCAACAGUGUGUUCCGCAGAGAAACAGUUCCCGCUGAUGAAAUCAUCAAAGAGUUCGGAGCUUCGGCACCAUUCGCCUUAGCCAUGGUCGGAGAUAUAUGCAGGAUAUCGUGCAGAUAUAGUAGUGCUAGCGACUUCUACAGAAAAAGUCUUUCUCUCAAUCCCUUUUUGUGGUCCUCUUAUCAACACCUCUGUGACAUUGGCGAAGCCGCAGGCAGCGGAGACGCCUCUGAUAAGCUUCUUUGUAAACCCUCUUCGCUUCAUUAUUGUCUGCGGCAGCCGGAAAAUAACCCGCCAACUGUUGCUGCGAAGUCAAGGCAAUCUGUAGCUUUUGAAAAUAUUGGUGCUCCCAGAGAUGUGUCAACCCCUUGGUUGCCUAACCCACAUUUUGCCCAGAACUCGCCAUCCAAAUCACAGUUUCCAACAGGGGAUUUCACGAAACGCGAGCAAAACUUGAAUUCUAUCAGUGCCAUUUCGAUGAACAUCACGGGACAUGUUGGAGAUCCGAACGACAGUACCCAGAUGUUCCUAAAUGUACCAGGUGGGAAUCACGAGAACUCGACAGGAGGAGAGGAGAUGAUGGAUGUGCUGUCGGAUGACACAGAAGAUGACGAAGGGAGUAGAAGAGAUGGAAGUUUGAGUCAGAUCGGAGAAGGAUCCCAUUCAGGUGAACCUGCACGGAGACUUACCCGUAGACAGAGUAAAUUGAUGGCAGCUCAGGGGAGCUCCAAUGAAACAUCCCCUGUAAUAUCAGAAACUCCAGCUGGUGGCCAAACUGGAUUCUAUGAGACACCGGACGAACAAAUUGGUCAGGAUGGAGCAGCACCACGAGCUCCAACGAAAAUAAAGCAAUCAUACAAAUCAUCGAAGAGAGCGGUGCCUCACCAAGCUGCUCUUCUUACCCUGUCAAACUUCAAUCAAGGUGGAUCAUCUAUCCAAUCUCAAUCUGCAGUGCCCUUGGCUCCCGCUAACAGCAACACCAACAACCAACCCCAAUCGACCAGUCAUCGCACGCCAUCCAGUAGCCACAAUUCCACCCCGGACGCCAAAGCGGCUGGUCAAACAGAGGUGCACUGCGCGAAGCCGGUUACGACAGUUGUCAAUGCUACGCGGUCAACAGCUACAAUGAGCUCCUCAUCUGGAGGAGGGCUGGUGCCGAGUCAGCAGACGAAUAAUGGGAACAGUUCCAACGUGUCCGUGACUCCACUUCAAUCGGCUCCUGGAAAUGGGGGAGGACUCCGCAGAAGUUCAAGACUAUACAUGGGAAGCAAUCAGCUUAAGGAGAAUUCGAAAGUGCUAUCAAAAGCUUCCAUAUCUCGCAGACAGAGAAUGGAGAGAGCCCCUAAUAAAUCAAACUCGAUAACAAAUGUUCUUAAUGCAGAGGGCGAGAAAAUGUUUGCGAAGUUAAACGAUAAAAGUUUGAAAUGCAUUUCACCCUCUACGAUUAAAACAGAGCCCAAUAUACCCGAAGCUUCUCCUGUGCACGUAUCCACUCAGACUGCGAUUGCAGAUCCCUGUAGUCUAACUGAAGUCCAAGCAGUUCCUCCCUUUAAGCAAAUUGCAAUGCCCGUAAUAUCAGAAGGUAACCAGACACGGGUCACGAUAGACAGCGAAGAUUUAGAACCUCUCCUUCAAACGCUGAGGGUGCUCGGAAAAUCAUACUAUAAUUUAUCAAAGUUCCAGAGCGACCAAGCAAUAAAAGUUUUACACACCUUGCCAUUAGACCAGUUCGAAACAGGGUUUGUGCUUGAGUGUAUUGGACGAGCACAUUUCGAGAAGUCUGAGUUCCGUCAAGCAGUCGAGGUUUUCAAACGUCUUUGGGAUUUAGAACCAUACAGAGUGAAAGGCCUGGACAUUUACUCGACGUCUCUUUGGCAGUUGAAGCAGUCUGAACAGUUGUCUUAUCUGGCUCAAGAAGCAGUAACUCUGUGUAAAGACAGGCCACAAGUUUGGUGUGUGGUCGGAAACUGUUUUGCUCUACAGAAGGAACACGAACAUGCGAUCCAGUUUUUUUCACGAGCAAUUCAGGUGGACCCAAAUCACGCGUAUGCAUACACUCUGCUAGGCCUGGAGUACCUUGAAGUGGGGCUGAAGCCGAAGGCGGAGAACUGUUUCCGCAAUGCGGUUCGAAUCCACGAGCGCCACUACCCCGCCUGGUGUGGUCUGGGCCAGCUGUUCUUCCAGCAGGAGAAGUACAUGGAGGCAGAGGUGCAUUAUGCUAAAGCACUGGCCAUCAAGCGAAACAGUCCUCUGCUCCUGUGCUACCUUGCCGUUGUACAGCACAAGCAGAAUAAAUCUCAAUUAGCCCUUGAAAGACUAAACGAGGCCUUGACCAUUGACCCCAAACACCCACUGUGCAAGUAUCACAAAGCUAUGAUCCUGUCUUCCCUAAACGAAUGUCAUGAAGCUUUAAAAGUUUUGAAAGAGCUGGAACUCCAAAUUCCAAACGAAAGCCUUCUCUACUUCUCAAUUGGACAGGUGUACAAAAAACUAGGAGAACCGCAUCUGGAGUUGAUGAAUUUUGCCUGGGCGAUGGACUUAGACCCGAAGGGCUCCAGUUCCUUAAUUAAACAAGCUAUUGAAAAGAACUUUUUGCCCCGAGACAAAGAAAUGCAGAAUACUAUUGCUAGAUCAGGCACGAUGGGUGAUGGAUUGUUCAGCGAACUUGAUUCAACGUUUGACGACCUCUUCUAACCCAGCAGACGUCGAAAAUUCCUUUCACCCCUAGAUUUUCAUUGAAGAUGGAUGCCCCGAUGCAGUUAUCACAAAAACUAAUUAUGUUCACACAUAGAAACUUUUAUACGCGUCUUGCAAUCAGCCGACAAGGUUUGAUUUAGAGAUGAUUUAUUCCUGUUUGGUUUCUGUUGCGACCUCUAAUAAAUUAAUAAAUAAAUGUGAAUUCGAACCCUUAGCAAUUGUUUUGAGAACCGCUGUUUGAUGAAUUUCAUUUUUAGGGCUUUGAUAAAAAGGGUUUUUGAUAGAUGCGUUUGCGAGCAAUUCAGUUCUAAGUGGUCGGAGCAUUGUGUGGUAAACUAUCUGUGGUUUUCUUGCUUUGGAUUUGAUUUUGAUUUCCAUGUUUUUGAAAUAUACUUAUGAAUCAAAUUGAAUUAACUUGUCUAAUAAUUUGUAAUCUACUCCUGGUGAUGUUUAAUUAGAGAAUAAUCUACAUCAUGAUGUUUUUGUAUGGUGCUAAUGCAGUGAACCGAUAAGGAAAUGAACGGAAUAUCAAUACAGGUGGCAAUGACCCGAACGUUUGAUGGCUUUCUUUCCUUAAGUAGUCUUCAGGUUGAAAUUUCAAAACCAUUUGAUAGGAUAGGAAUCCAUGACAUCAACAAAUUGCAAAAUUUUUAAAU